UGCCAAUCUGUAAUCAUAUGUUUUUUGUCUUCUCUUCUUUUUCCAUUUCUUUUACUAAGAAAGUGAUUUACUCAUUCAUAUAAGAAAUUUUGAGAAAUAAACAAUAUAAAAUGCAAAUAAUUAUUAAAGUUUUAAAAGGACAAGAUUGUACUUUAGAUGUUACACCUACAACGACAAUUUCCCAAAUUAAACAAGAAAUUGAGCAGAUUCUAAAUAUACCACAGGCGUCACAAAAACUUUUACUUUUUGGCCGCACUUUAAACGAUGAACAAAUGUUAUCAGCCUACUCCAACAUUAAAGAUGGCACAAAACUUAAUUUAAUUGUAAUGAAACAAGAAGGAUUAAGGGAAAUAAUUUAUCGCUCUUUUCGCAAAUACUACAGUGAAAAUCAAUCGGAAGUUUUCACUAGAAGAUUUAUGGUUGAUUUUGAAGAGAAACUAAAAAACCUUAGUCUGGACGACAUCGAGCGCUUAGCUGAAAAUGUACUUUGAAUUUGUCACAAUAAACUAUAGCAUUUAAAUGUUUUAAGUGUAAAUUAUGUUUCUAA